CACAUUUUUUUCCUCGCAUGUCCCACUCAAGCAUCGUUGUGGUUUGCAGGUAAACGUCGCUGUAUGUGUGUAUCUAUGUGCGGCAGGACGGUGAUUUACAGUGUAUAUCAAGUCCGUUUUUUUCUUAAAACAACGACAUAGAUGUCAGACGACAGAAGUUGUUGUUCAGCGAAAGUCUUCUCUCGGAUACUGAGAUAGUUAGCUUGCUAUGCUACGUGGCUAACAGUGCUAAGUUGUGAAGAAUGAAGACUUCCAGCGGCAACACGAACAUCAUGGACAUGUUUGAAAAGGGGAAAGUCCUGAAAAUAUGUGCCCCGAUGGUUCGAUACUCAAAGCUUGCGUUCAGGUCCUUGGUUAGGAAGUACAACUGUGAUAUCUGUUUCACGCCAAUGAUAGUUGCUGCUGACUUCAUGCGAUCUGUCAAAGCCAGAGACAGCGAGUUCACUACCAACGAACGUGACCGGCCUCUGAUAGUGCAGUUUGCAGCUCAUGAUGCCCAGACCCUGGCUGACGCAGCCUGUGUGGUGGCACCUUUCUCAGACGGAGUUGAUCUCAACUGUGGCUGUCCCCAGAGAUGGGCUAUGUCAGCUGGGUAUGGUGCAUGCCUCAUCAACAAGCCUGAACUUGUGAAAGACAUGGUUAGACAGGUCAGAAACCAAGUGGACAAUCCAAACUACACAGCCUCCAUCAAAAUAAGAAUUCACAAGGACUUGAAGCGAACAGUGGAUCUGUGUCAGAAGGCUGAAUCAGCCGGUGUAUCAUGGAUAACAGUCCACGGCCGUACAGCAGAAGAACGCCACCAGCCGGUGCAUUAUGAUGCCAUAAAGACGAUCAAAGACAGUGUAUCCGUCCCAGUCAUUGCCAAUGGGGACAUAAAGUACCUUCGUGAUGUGGAGUCUACUCACCAGCUUACUGGUGUCGAUGGUGUGAUGGCAGCUCGGGGGUUGCUUGCUAAUCCUGCCAUGUUCGCCGGCUAUGAGGACACUCCAUUGGAGUGUGUAUGGGACUGGGUGGACAUCUCUAUAGAGCAGGGAACUCCAUUCACAUGCUUUCAUCACCAUCUCAUCUACAUGCUGGAGAGGGUCAGCUCCCAGCCGGAGAGAAAAGUGUUCAAUUCUCUAUCGAGUACCUCAGCAGUAAUAGAUUACCUCCAGAGCACAUACGGGUCAGUUCAUGAUCUCGGAACAUGAGCAUAUUGAAAUGUGAUGGUUUGCAUUUUAGUGUUAUUGUUUUGUUUUUAUGCCAAAUAAAGCUGAAAAGCUAUAAUUGUA